AUGUAUCGAGAGGCAUUCCCAGGCUGUGGCCUGAAAUUCAACUUUACCACAAACCUGAGGCUUCUUUUCCAGGAGAGGCCCUAUGUUUGCAAGGAGUGUGGGCAAGGCUUUACCAAAUUAUCCCAUCUCACCCGACACCAGAGGAGACACUCAGGGGAGAAGCCUUACGUUUGUAAGGAGUGUGGGCGAGGCUUUACCCAGUUGUCAACUCUGAUCACACACCAGAGGACACACUCAGGGGAGAGGCCUUAUGUUUGCAAGGAGUGUGGGCAUGGGUUUAGCCAAUUAUCAAAUCUCAUCACACACCAGAGGACACAUUCAGGAGAGAAGCCUUAUAUUUGCAUGGAAUGUGAGCGAGGCUUUACAAGGAAGUCUACCCUCCUCACACACCAGAGUAGACACUCAGGGGAGAAGCCUUAUGUUUGCAAGGAGUGUGGACGAGGCUUUACCCUGAAGUCAAAGCUUAUCACACACCAGAGGACACACUCAGGAGAGAAGCCGUAUAUUUGUCAGGAGUGUGGGCAGAGCUUUACCACAAAGUCAACUCUCAUCACACACCAAAGGAGACAUUCGGGGGCUUAUACUUGCAAAGAGUGUGGGCAAAGCUUUACUCAUAAGUCAAGUCUCACUACACAUCAGAGGAGACACUCAGGAGAAAAGCCUUAUGUUUGCAAGGAGUGUGGUCAAAGGUUUGCCCAGAUGUCUACUCUCAUCACACACCAGAGGAGACAUUCAGGGGAGAAGCCUUAUGUUUGCAUGCAGUGUGGGCAGAACUUUACCCAGAAGUCACAUCUCAUCACACACCAGAGGACACACUCAGGAGAGAAGCCUUAUGUUUGUAAAGUGUGUGGGCGAGGCUUUAUCCAGAAGUCACAUCUCAGCAGACAUCUGAAGAGACAUCCAAAUUUUGAAACCUUAUGUGCACCUGUUGUCCAUGGGAAGCUUUACCCAGAAGAACUGUAA